CAGACCGCAAUGAUUUAGAAGUUCAGGAAUCCCGUGUGACGUCACCGCGGGUGAUGUAAUGCUGCUGUAAAUAGAGCUCAGUGUCACCGGCUCGGUGUUAGCGCGAGGAGCAGCGCUCGUGUCGGUCUGUGUAACCUCAGGCUCUGCACUUCUCAGUGAUGAACACUGAUCGGGACGGGCUAUAUGUUUGCACUGCUCCUGGAUGCACUCAGCGCUUCCAUAGAGAAGAUCAUCUGAUCGUACACAGGCACAAGCAUGAGAUGACCCUCAAAUUCUCUUCCAUUAAGUCUGACAACACAUUGUCGGAUCAGACUCCGACUCCAACACGCUUCCUGAGGAACUGUGAGGAGGUUGGACUCUUUAGUGAUCUGGAGCUCACUCAGGCAUCAGAUGAAGAAGUUGAGGAAUCAAAACAGACCUUUUCAGGUCAGGGUCCAUCAGGAGAGACUCAGAGUGAGCGUCAAGGCUCCCAGCAGCAGCAGUGUGCCAUGGCUCAGUUACACACAGGCCUUCUGAACACACACACCUCCCACUCUUCAUCUCACUGCUCUAUGGUACGACACACCACCAACACACAGCCAGUCCCCAGCUGUCUUCACAACCAGCAGCGCCACCCUGUGGCAUGUGCCAUGCCGGCGACCCCCUCUGUGCGUAUGAACACACAGUUACCAAUGAACCCCAGGAUGACUGACGUACCAGAACCUACUUCUCUCUCCAGAUCAGGACCUGCACCUCAGAGGUCGAAGGUCAUGUUUUGCCAGACUCAGUCAGAGGCCUCCAACCAGAAUCUCAUGGGUCAUAUGAUGGAGGUGAUGUCACCACAGCACAUGAGAAUGGAGCUACCGCUAACACAUGUGCCAGCAUUGCCUCAUCAGUCUUAUCUGCAGCACAGCUUGAGCCAGUCACAGCAGAGACAGGUCCAUCAGAAUCAAAGCCAAGUGCAGUCUCCUCACAGCUGUGCUCACCAUUCACCCCCUGAACACCUACACCCAGGCCCAGCGCAACCUCCAGCGAAACACCUCGCACAUCAUCCGGUCCCUGCACAGAUAUCUCCAGUUCCCAAAAACACCAUGUGUGCAGAAUCUCCUCCACAGACAAGUGGAGGCAAACGCAAACGCUCAGCAGACGAGGAUCCAGAUGAGCGCAGGCGCAAGUUUCUAGAAAGGAAUCGAGCAGCAGCAUCACGCUGCAGACAGAAGAGGAAGAUCUGGGUGGUGUCACUGGAAAAGAAGGCAGAGGAACUUACACACACAAACCUGCAGCUACAGAAUGAGGUUACACUCCUGAAAUCAGAGCUCAUUCAACUAAAGCAGCUUCUCCUGGCACAUAAAGACUGCCCCGUUACUCUGAGACAACGGGAAACACAAGUUGGCAGCCCGACAGGAAGUCCUCUCCAGACACAAACCAUCCAACACAACAGCAUUUCAUCGUCCAGCAGCACAGCAGCACACACACACCUCAGCACACACUCACACGCCACAUCCUAAAGGCAGUCUGGACACACCAAUACAUUUCAGUGACUGAGUAAAAGGGAAUUUGCUGAAUGUUAUAGCAGAUAUCAAUAUUUGAUAUAUGAUUAAUCUCCAAAUCCCUAUGAUUCAUCUCAGUAAAUGAUGUACAGAAACAGGAGACGUCCAUAUUAAUGUGGAUGUCUAAUAUAUAGAUGUGUAAUGACGGAGCCUGGGUAUCAGGAACAUCGGAUCCACUCGCACUGUGACUGACUGGAAGAAGCCAACUGAAAGAGCUCACCCUCACUUUUGCCCAGUGGGAUUUCCUCAGGGACGUUCUCUUCUGGCAGUAUGUGUGUAUGUUCCUUGUGUUCUAGCACUUUGUUUAUUUUUGCCUCUGCGUCAGAUAAACCGUUCUAAGAUCUAAGGAGAACAUUCUUCACAUUUUGUACUUCUCGAUCAGGGGAAUGUAUGAUCGUGUAAAUAGAAACAUAGUUUUGUAUGACUUUGGAUUGCAUCUGCACCUUCUGCUCUGACCUGCACUUGUGUCCUCGUGUUUCUGGAAGCAGUUCUACGAGCGCUUUCUCAGUGAACCACUCAGGUGUCACGUACCAAAUGAAACUGAACUAUCUUAACUGCUUCAUUGACUAUGUUUAUAUCAUUUACUUAUACUGUGUAGGAGGAAUUAUUCUAGGAGAUAAUCUUCCAGUUCUUGUGUGAACACAGACAGCACAGAUACCUUAUUUCCCACUGACAAUCACACUUGAUCAGUGAGCAGAUAAUAAAAUCCUGACACUGUGAUAUAACACCUUUGUGCAUUAUAUUUCACAAAUGUACAGCGCAGUGUUACAUGUUUAAAAUGUGUAAAAUGUGGGGGGGGGGGGGGGACAAUCUAAAUGCUGUAGCUGAAAACAAUAUUUUCCAUGUACAGUUUUCCAAAAAAUAAAAUACACACACACAUAUAUAUAAAUAUACACCCAUCCAUAUAUCUUUAUUUUUGUACCAUCUAACUAACAAAUGUUAUUGCUAUUUCCAAUAAAAGGACUUGAGCUACA